AUGGAUAUUCUCUGCCCCCUGCUCCAAUUUCUGCUCGCUCUUUGGUGGACUGGCGUAGGAGCUCUGAUCAACUUGAAGUAUUCGGUGGAAGAGGAGCAAAGAGCUGGCACGGUGAUUGCGAAUAUUGCCAAAGAUGCCCGAGACGCCGGCUUUGUCUUGGAUCCUCGGCAACCCGCUGCUUUCCGCGUGGUGUCCAACUCGGCACCCCACCUGGUGGACAUCAACCCUGGAUCAGGCUUACUAGUGACCAAGCAGAAGAUUGACCGGGACUUACUUUGCAGACAAAGCCCCAAGUGUGUGAUCUCUUUAGAGGUCAUGUCGAGCUCCAUGGAGAUCUGUGUGAUCAAGCUGGAGAUCAAAGACCUCAACGAUAAUGCUCCUAGCUUUCCCACGGAUCAAAUUGCGCUGGAGAUCUCAGAGACAGCCAGCCCGGGGACUAGGGUGCCCCUGGAAAGCGCUUACGAUCCAGAUUCGGGCAGCUUUGGAGUGCAGAGCUACGAGAUCACUCCCAACGAUCUCUUUGGCUUGGAAACCAAGACGCGAGGGGAUGGUUCCCGCUUUGCUGAGCUGGUGGUGGAGAAAAGCCUGGAUCGCGAGACCCAGUCUCAUUACAGUUACAUGAUCACAGCUUUGGAUGGCGGGGACCCACCCAACUUUGGGACAGUGGAGUUAACCAUCAGGGUCAUCGACUCCAAUGACAACAACCCUCUCUUUGAAGAACCCUCCUACACCGUGAGCGUGCUGGAGAAUGUUCCUGUGGGCACACCGGUGAUCCGCCUCAAUGCCACGGACCCUGAUGAGGGUACCAAUGGGCAGGUCUUGUAUUCCAUUCACAGCUAUGUCUCUGAGAAGGCCAGGGACCUCUUCCAGAUCAAUCCUCAGACCGGUCUGAUCACGGUCACAGGGGCGAUUGACUACGAGGAAGGUCACGCCUACGAACUGGACGUACAAGCUAAAGAUCUGGGUCCCAACUCUAUCCCAGCCCAUUGCAAAGUGACCGUCACUGUACAGGAUGCCAACGACAACCCGCCCCUCAUUAACUUGCUCUCUGUCAACAGCGAGCUGGUGGAAGUCAGCGAGAAUGCGCCUCCGGGCUACGUCAUUGCCUUGGUGAGGGUUUCCGACAGGGAUGCGGGGGCCAAUGGCCGAGUGCAGUGCAAACUGUUGGGCAACGUGCCCUUCCGCUUGCAGGAAUACGAGAGUUUCUCCACGAUCCUAGUGGAUGGACGCUUAGACAGGGAGCAGAGGGACCAGUACAAUCUAACCAUCCAAGCGAAGGACAAUGGGGUCCCUUCUCUGCAGGCCACAAAGUCCUUUACCGUCAAGAUCACAGAUGAGAAUGAUAACCACCCGCACUUCUCCAAGCCUUACUACCAGGUCAUUGUGCAGGAGAACAAUACCCCUGGGGCCUACCUCCUUUCUGUUUCUGCCAGGGAUCCCGACCUUGGCUUAAAUGGCAGCGUCUCCUACCAGAUUGUCCCGUCCCAAGUAAGGGACAUGCCCGUUUUCACCUAUGUCUCCAUCAACCCCAACUCUGGAGACAUCUACGCCUUGAGGUCAUUCAACCAUGAGCAGACCAAGUCCUUUGAGUUCAAGGUCUUGGCCAAAGACGGAGGCAACCCUUCCUUGCAAAGCAACACCACCAUCCGAGUCAUUGUCCUGGACGUCAACGACAAUACUCCGGUGAUCACGGCCCCUCCUUUAGUCAACGGGACCGCGGAGGUCUACAUCCCCAGGAACGCUGGCAUUGGCUACUUGGUGACGGUGGUCAAGGCCGAUGACUAUGAUGAAGGGGAGAACGGGAGGCUUUCCUACGAGAUGGCUGAAGGGGAUCGAGGGUUUUUUGAGAUCGACCAGGUCAACGGCGAGAUAAGGACCACCAGAGCCUUCGGGGAAAACUCCAAGACUACGUAUGAGCUGAUCGUUGUGGCUCACGACCAUGGGAAAACAUCGCUUUCAGCAUCGGCUUUGAUUUUGAUAUACCUUUCCCCGGCUCUGGAUGCCCAGGAAUCCAUAGGAUCUGUAAAUUUGUCCCUGAUUUUUAUUAUUGCCCUGGGUUCAAUUGCUGCCAUUCUGUUUGUCACCAUGAUCUUUGUAGCUGUCAAAUGUAAACGGGAUAACAAAGAAAUCAGGACUUACAACUGCAGAAUUGCAGAGUACUCCUACGGGCACCAAAAGAAAUCCUCCAAGAAGAAAAAAAUCAGCAAGAACGACAUCCGCCUCGUGCCCCGGGAUGUAGAGGAGACUGAUAAAAUGAACGUUGUCAGCUGUUCCUCCUUGACUUCAUCCCUCAACUACUUCGACUAUCACCAACAAACUCUGCCUCUGGGUUGCCGCCGAUCAGAAAGCACCUUUCUCAACGUGGAGAACCAAAACAACCGGAACGCCGGCUCCAACCACAACUACCACCACACCUUCACGGGUCAGGGACCUCAACAGCCGGAUCUCAUUAUCAAUGGGAUGCCUCUCCCAGAGGUGAGCACUUCUCUUGGAUGGAAGAGGGUUUUUCCAGAAAGUUCCCCAAAUUGCGACAAUGAACGAGCUUUGGGUGCAACUG